GCCCAUUGGCUAACAUACCGGAAGUGUACAUCAUGUGACCUCGUAAAUCAGCUGAUCCAGCGUAGACAUCUUAGCGAGUCACGACUGCGGCGAUUGAUUCAAACCUUCUCAACCGUGAUUCUCGGGCCUCGGCGGAUCUUUGACAGCUGCAACCAUGGCGCUCAGCGAUGCUGACGUUCAGAAACAGAUCAAGCAUAUGAUGGCCUUUAUCGAACAGGAGGCCAAUGAGAAGGCAGAGGAGAUCGAUGCAAAGGCAGAGGAGGAGUUCAACAUCGAGAAGGGCCGUCUUGUCCAAACCCAGAGGCUGAAGAUUAUGGAGUACUAUGAGAAGAAGGAGAAGCAGAUAGAGCAACAGAAGAAAAUCCAAAUGUCCAACCUGAUGAAUCAGGCUCGACUGAAGGUGCUGAAGGCGCGCGAUGAUAUGAUCUCGGACAUGCUCAACGAGGCCCGCCAGCGGCUCACCAACAUCGCCAAAGACCCGUCCAGGUAUGCAGGUCUGAUGGACGGGUUGCUCAUGCAGGGGUUCUAUCAGCUGUUGGAGCCUAAAGUGACAAUUCGCUGCCGUAAGCAAGAUGUUCAGCUUGUGCAGGCCUCCAUCCAGAAAAACAUCCCCAUUUACAAAGCGGCUGUAAAGAACAGCUUGGAGGUUCGCAUCGACCAGGAGAACUUCCUUCCUUCAGACGUGUCUGGAGGUAUUGAGAUCUAUAACGCAAACGGAAAGAUUAAAGUGUCGAACACCCUGGAGAGCAGACUGGAUCUCAUGGCUCAGCAGAUGAUGCCUGAAAUCCGAGUCGCCCUCUUCGGUGCCAACCCAAACCGGAAGUUUUUGGACUAAAAACCUCUGCAAUUUUUUAUUUUGUCUGAUGAAAGACUCCAUUCCUCUGUCUGUAAAACCAAA